AUGCAUAAACAUAAUAUGCAUAGUGUAUCUGCUCAUAGAAGGAUUAUUUCAUCCUCCAUAAAACCUUCAAUAAGCAGAAUAACCAGUGCACAAUCUAGAUCAAAAUCGAACAAUAUGAUUUUGAAUUAAAGUCCUUCAGGUUUUUUCUUAGAAUAAGUUAUACCAGGUGUUGGAGAGAAAUCUAAUGUUCCAUUAAAAGUGAUGGAAAAGUAUUUAGAAGAAAGUUACUUAAUAAAGAACCAUGAAUCAAUAGUUUCCACUUUAAAACAUGUAUCAGGAGAGGUAAAGAAAUAUUUAUAGUAUAAUUUUAUCUACGUUUAAGAUCUUCCUAAAUAAUAUUAAUUUUAGGAUAAAGAUCCUAAAUUAUUGUUUCGUAUGUAUGAGACUCUAAUAAAUUUAGAUUAAAAUAUAAUUCAGGAUCUUUUCGAUAAAAAAUAAUAACUAGAUAAUAGUAAUCUUAAUUAACAACAUCCUAAAUAACAUUUUAGAUUUGAUAUUUUAAUUAAAUUCAUUGAAAUAUUUAGUGAACUUGUAUCUUGCAUAAUAAAGAUAAUAGAUGACAAAGCUAUAGCAAUAUUUAUUGAAUAAAUUUGGAAAUGUUUAGUAAUAAUUUUAGAUUUGAAUACUUAAUGGUAAUAAGAUCGUUUUCAAUCAUUAGUUGAAGUGUAAAUAGGAGGGUAUUAGGAAAGUUUAGAAUAAAUAAAAAGUGAAUAUAAAUAAUUAGAAGAAAAGUAAUAGAUGCAAUUAAGAGCUUAUUAAUUAAAGCUUGCUAUUGAAUAAAAGAAGAAUAUAUAAUUAAGAGAAGAGAAUAAAAAGAUAUGUCAAUAAUAUAAUCAUUUAGAAGAUCAAAUGAAUGAACUUAGUAAUAUUGAACAUGCUAAAGGUGAUCUUUAGAAUAUUAAUCAAAAAUUACAUGAGAUGGAUUUAAAUUUCAUUAAAUAUAAUAAAAAUAUUUAUGAAUCUCAUUAAUAAGCAUCAAAUUCUAUGAAAUAAUUAGCUAAGAUACUAACAACUAAACCUAUUAUACCUAAAUCAUUUAUAUAAUAAAAAUAUGAAUAAUUAAAUAUUUAUUAUAAAGAACAGAAACCUUGUAUUGAAUUAAUGAUUAAUCCAUUAAUAUCCUAAAUAGAAAUAGAGUUUUAUCAUGUUGAUCAAAUUAAUAAGAAAUAAUUAGCAAGUGAUUUUCUUUAAUUUCUAUUUUUAAAUAUCAAUGCUUAUCCUUCCUAAUCAAGUGUUGAAAUCUAUUUAUUAUGGAUACAUGCUGAUGAUUAACAAUUUGUUAAUUGUCGUAUAGAAUUGUUAAAUAAAUUGAAUCAAAAUAAUAAUAAUGACUAUUAUAUCAAUUUAUGUUAAUAAAUUCUAGGAAUUAAUACAUAAUCCCCUUCAUCUCAUAAAGUAAUAGAAGAAACAUAAAAAUAUAUUAAAUUAAUUGAACUAACAUUUUUAUAGUAAUCAACACAAAAUUAAAAUUAACAAAGAUCUAAUUUAUUUCUAAAAUAAUCAAGUAUAAUUGAUUUUGAAUUGGAAAUUAAUUUAACAAAGUAUUGUACUUAUGGUCUAUAACUAUAGUUAUUCAAUCAUUCUGCCUCAAUAAUUAUAUGAAUACAUAGAAUAGACAUGUCCAUCCAAUAUAAAAUUAAUAGAGUUUACACAUUAAACAAUUGCAUUCCUUUAAUAAUAAGAGAGAUUAAAAUGGAAUUCUUUUGCUAAGUUUUAUUUGAACAAUCUUAAUAAAUUUAGUUAUCGAUUAGAUUUAUUAGAAUAGUUCUAUAAUAUUGAUAUACUUUUAGUAUUUAGUUGUUAUUUAUCAUUAGAUUUGGCAAUUAUUAAUUAUACAUUAAAGAUCUAUGAUAAACAAAAAAUAAGAUGAAAUAAUAUCUAAUGAAGAUUUCAUUGAAAGAUUAUAUUAAUUGUGGGUCUACCAUCCAAGAUGUUUAAUAAAACCAUAGAUUGAAUUGUAAUUGACUUAAUCAAAUUCCCCUUUGGCUAAAAGAACAUAAGGACAAUUAUCUUAAUAAAAAUCAAGUCCUCAAAUUAGAAAACAAGGAACUAUGUUAUCUGAAACAUCUAGGAAGAAAUGA